AUGAUGGAUAUCUAUCGCCUCAAUAUUUCUCACUAUUUCCUCCUUUUGUUCUGCUUAUUUGGUAAUAUCGGACUUGCAAGCACUAAUGUGAAGUCAAUAUGCAUUGAGGAAGAAAGGCAAGCACUUGUGAGCUUUAAACAAGAUCUGAAGGAUCCGUCUGGUAGGCUUUCUUCUUGGGUAGGUCAUGACUGCUGCCAAUGGGAAGGGAUUUCAUGCAACAACCGCACCGGUCAUGUCGCCAAGAUGGAUCUCCGCAGUCCAUAUCCAUAUCCCCGACAACCGGAUGAGGAGUGGGGCUCUUCUUUGGGGGGGAUCCCCAUUCCUAAGUUCUUUGGGGAACUUAAAAGUCUUAGGUAUCUCAAUAUCUCAUUUGCAUGGUUUGGGGGAGAGAUUCCCCCUUCUCUUGGGGGGAUUACUUCACUCACUUUUGGUCCUGAUAUGUCACAAAAUGAUUGCAAACACUUCUUCAUUUCUCAGCUGCUUUUCUUACUAGCUCGCCAACUGAUCCAAGGAUUUCCAAGUCUUCAGGGAAUUCAAGCUACAUUUAGAUCUCGUAUUAUCGGUUCGAUGUUCUUGCGCUGUCGCUGGUUGGUUCUCGAUCUGCCUGUCAUUGUCGCUUUUUGUCUUAGCGUUGGAGGAUGUGGUGGGGAGAUGCGUUUCGAGUCUAGCUGGGACUUUUUCCGCAUUAGGAUGCGUCAAGACCUUGAUACGCGAUCUUUAGUCGUGGUGAUUUUCAACCUACUUACUGUCUUGAAUUUCGCGCUGUCGUGGCGCGGCUGCCUGGUGAGGAUGCGUCUGGAGGACGCGCUAUUCUGUAGAGGAAGGGGCUAUAGCAGGGAGGCAAGGAGAGGAAGAACGGUGUUAUCGUUGUUGGGAAGUGUUGUAGUUGGGACUGGGACUACUUCAAUUCGCAUUGCUGGCUGUCUAGACAUUUCAUUGUCCCCUGCUGGUGUUGUACCGGCCGUCAUGUUUUUUUCUGCUGCAGUAGGAUUCACGGUGCGCUUUGUACCUCGUCAUUCACUCGAGGCGCUUAGUGGGGCGUCUGGUCUUUGGCUCAGACUUGAUGUUCUCGCAUCGUAUAGAGUCGAGAAACUUGAGCAGUGGUCAAGGAGGUUGGUUUGCUCGUUUCGACCGGCAGCGAGUGAGAGAUAG